GGCUAACGUGAAGUCUGAGGUCCAGACAGAACAAGAAGGAAAGUUUUAUGGUUUGAUUUGAUUUAACAGUUUACCGGCUGGAUCGGAGCGGAACGCUGAAAUGACGCCUUUAAACGCUCACCAGCGACUUUUGGUGUGACUUUUAGCUGAGUUUGAUGACUGUUCGUGUAGGUGGAAUGAGGACUGAGUCGGUUAGCCUGUAGCUAAUGGGAGAGUGUGAGGGGAAAAUUGGAAGUGUGGUGUCACUUUCCUCUCUGUUUACUUGUGUGUAUUAAAGCCGGGAUAAUUUCACUCCGCUGUGGGAUUAUAUAUAUUAUAGAUUAGAUCUAUUCCGAUGGCGGGCGGGGGAGGAGCGGCACCUCCGCUCUGGUAUCACCGGGAUCUGAGCCGCGCUGCUGCGGAGGAGCUGCUGGCCCGCGCCGGCCGAGACGGGAGCUUCCUAGUCCGGGAUAGUGAAAGUGUGUCCGGAGCCUACGCCCUCUGUCUGCUGUAUCAGAAACAUGUUCAUACUUACAGGAUUCUGCCAGAUGAGGAUAAUUUCCUCGCUGUGCAGACAUCUCAGGGAGUGCAGCCCAAAAGGUUUAAGACUCUGACAGAGCUGAUCCAGCUGUAUCUUCAGCCCAGUCAGGGACUGGUUACCACUCUGUUGUUUCCCGUGGAAAGAGAGGAGAGCGCCGAGGAGAGAGAUUACUCAGACGGGGAGGAUGAUAAGCCCCCGCUUCCCCCUCGAUCUGGCUCCUGUAGCUCAGCCCUGAUAUGUGCAGACUCUGUCGCUGACAGUGCAGCAGUGAGUAACGGAUUGACCACGAUCUCUCAUGAGUAUCUGAAGGGCAGCUAUGCUCUGGACCUGGAGGCUGUUAAACAGGGAUCCAGCAGCUUGCCUCACCUCAACAAAACCCUGGUUUCAUCCUGCAAGCGCCUUCAUGGGGAGGUGGAUAAGGUGCUAUCAGGGCUGGAGAUUCUCUCUAAAGUGUUUGAUCAGCAGAGCGCCUCCAUGGUGUCACGAAUGAUUCAGCAGUCGGUGAGUCAGGGUGGAGACCAGGAACUGGAGAACCUGGUCACUAAACUGGCCAUACUCAAAGAUCUGCUGUCCUCCAUUGAGAAGAAGGCACUGAAAGCUCUACAGGACGUAAGUGCUGCUUCGCCCUCCAUUCCCCCCACCCGCCACAGCAAGGCCAUUCCUGUACAGGCCUUUGAGGUAAAGCUGGACAUGUACCUUGCUGAACUGACUAAAAUAGGGAAGAGUCAGAAACACACCCUCAGUGUGGACGUGGAAGGGGGCAAACUGGUGGUGAUGAAGAAGAUGAAGGACAGUCAGGAGGACUGGACAACCUUCACACAUGAUAAGAUUCGACAGCUGAUCAAAUCUCAGCGAAUGCCGAAUAAACUGGGUAUCGUGUUCGAGAAGGAAAAGGACAAGAGCCAGAGAAAAGAUUUCAUCUUCCCCAGUGCUAAAAAAAGAGAAGCAUUCUGCCAGCUGCUGCAGCUUAUGAAGAACAAGCAUUCCAAUCAGGAUGAACCGGACAUGAUCUCUGUAUUUAUAGGAACUUGGAACAUGGGCAGUGUUCCUUCUCCCAAAUCCAUUGGUUCGUGGCUAUUAUCUCGAGGUUUGGGGAAAACGCUGGACGAGAUGACCGUAACGAUUCCACAUGAUAUCUACGUGUUCGGAACCCAGGAGAACUCUGUCUGUGAUAAAGAGUGGGUGGAGAACCUGAGAGCUGCACUCAAGGAUUACACAGAAAUCGAUUAUAAACCGGUUGCAGUUCAGACUCUGUGGAAUAUCAAGAUUGUGGUUUUUGUGAAACCAGAACAUGAGAACCGGAUCAGCCAUGUUGGAGUUUCCAGUGUCAAAACCGGAAUCGCCAACACACUAGGUAAUAAAGGAGCGGUGGGCGUCUCCUUCAUGUUUAAUGGCACUUCAUUUGGCUUUGUGAACUGCCACCUGACGUCCGGUAACGAGAAGAUCCACAGACGGAACCAAAACUAUUUGGACAUUUUGCGCCAGCUGUCACUGGGUGAUAAACAGCUGAGCUCGUUUGAUAUCUCGCUGCGCUUCACACACCUCUUUUGGUUUGGAGAUCUCAACUACAGACUGGACAUGGAUAUACAGGAAAUACUGAACUACAUAAACAGGAAGGAGUUUGAGCCUCUGCUGAAGGUGGAUCAGCUGAAUCUGGAGAGGGAAAAGAACAAGGUCUUCCUGCGUUUUGCUGAAGAGGAGAUCACGUACCCCCCAACGUACCGAUACGAGAGAGGAUCCCGCGACACCUACAUCUGGCAGAAACAGAAAGCAACAGGGAUGAGGACGAACGUGCCGUCAUGGUGUGAUCGUAUUCUGUGGAAAUGUUAUCCAGAAACACACAUUGUCUGCAACUCCUAUGGCUGUACAGACGACGUGGUCACUAGUGAUCACUCACCUGUGUUUGCUACUUUUGAGGUGGGCGUGACGUCCCAGUUUGUUUCUAAAAAAGGUUUACCUAAAUCCACAGAGCAGGCCUACAUAGAGUUCGAGAACAUCGAGGCCAUCGUUAAGACAGCCAGCAGAACCAAGUUCUUCAUCGAGUUCUACUCCACCUGUCUGGAAGAGUUUAAGAAGAGCUAUGAGAACGACUCUCAGAGCAGUGAUAACAUCAACUUCCUGAGAGUGGGCUGGUCCUCCAAACAGCUCACCACCCUCAAACCCAUCCUGUCUGAUAUCGAGUACCUGCAGGACCAGCACCUGCUGCUCACCGUCAAAUCCCUGGAUGGAUACGAGUCAUACGGAGAGUGUGUGUUGGCUCUGAAGUCGAUGAUCGGCAGCACGGCGCAGCAGUUCCACACCUACCUGUCUCACCGCGGAGAGGAGACGGGUAACAUCCGCGGCUCCAUGCGGGUCCGAGUGCCCGCCGAGAGAAUGGGAACCCGGGAGAGGCUCUAUGAGUGGAUCAGUGUGGAUAAAGACGAGACUGGAGGUCCAAAAAUGAAAACGCUGCCUCCCAAAACCGGACAUGAUUACGUAAAGCCCAGUCUCAGCAGGAAGGAGCUGAGUAAAGUAACAGAGGAGGCAGAGAGAAACACUACAGCACGAUCUGCUCACACACACACUAGAGAGGAGAGUACACAAUCCAGGUCAAAGCAGGACACCAGCGACGGAGAUGCCACCACUUGCAAAAACAGCUUCAACAACCCCGCCUACUACAUCCUGGAGGGCGUCCCUAACCAAUCAGCCGCCUUGGCUGCAGACUUGCUCCAGAGCUCUACCCUCUCUCCUGCUGCAGCAAAUAAACCGCCUCCUACUGCGGGCGGAGCCUCCAGGGGCAGAGGUUCCAUCCAGGGACGCAAGCAGACCGCUGGGCGGCCACCACGCCCCGUCAGUGAGGAGGGCGGCUCCUCUGAGGAUGAUGGCAAUUCUGGUAUGGCCCGCCCACCCCCUGAUUUCCCGCCCCCUCCCUUGCCAAAAAGCGCCCUCGAAGUAUCAGACGCGUCGUUUUUCCCGAAAGAAGGCAAACCCCGGGUGCAUCCGGACCUAGCCGAGAUCAAGAUUCCAGUCACCGUCUCUACCAAGCCCAUUUCCUCAUCUGGCUUUCCCCCUCCCCCAACAAGUGGUGGAGCUUUCGGCCUGGACCCCUCAGCAGGACCCUCAGGUUUUAGAAGAGGAGGCGGGAGCUCUGGAGCAGACGACCAAUCGUGUUCAGUUCUUCACCUGGCUAAGAAGCUGAGCGAAGUGGAGUAUACGCCUGGAGGAGCAGGAGGGGUGGGGCUCAGGGGGGUCGGGGCCUGUCACACACGGGGACUUGGUUUGGGUGAAACCUGUCGCACCUUUCCACCUCGAUCCAUCCCUGAGGAGAUCAUGACUGAUGACCUGCCUGAAGAGGGUCUGUGGGCUGGCGGGAGCAGCAGCAGUAGUUUAUCCGUAGAUACCAGUGUGGGUGAGUGGUUACAGAGACUGGGACUGGAGCGCUAUGAGGAGGGACUGCUGAGGAACGGCUGGGACGAUCUUGAAUUCCUCAGUGAUAUCACCGAGGAGGACCUGGAGGAAGCAGGGGUUGUAGACCCCACUCACAAGAAGAUCCUACUGGCUAGUUUAAGACAACAGCAGCAGCAGAAGUGAGCUAAGACAGUCUGAUCUGACCCGAUCCGAUCCGAUCUGAUCCGUUUCCAGCUGUGCCUUGUGAGAGAACCUCACUGACUGAAUGAUGCUAGUAUAACAGUCCACAUUUCAGAUACACUGCAGCCUCGCUUCAGCCUCGCCCUGCAUGCCUUGAAACUUGAGGCUUCCUGUAAGCAGAGGAAGUGGCAUCGGAGAGCUCAGCACUGCCAGGCUUUAUUUACAUUCCCAGUGUUUUUCUGCAGGUAACUGGUCGUUAAGAUUUUUAUAAUUCUUAUUAUUAGUGUUAUUAAUAAUGUGUGUUUUAAUCAGUUUAAAGUGAAAGGGAAUUAAAUAACCAAACCUGUGUGUGUGUGUGUGAGUUAAAACAUGGGAGAAAGAAAUGUUUUGUUUAUAAUAUUAUUUGUAUACGGUGAUGUCUUUCGGUCCAGCACUCAUCAACAAACAGCAAAUCUUAAACAUUUCCACUGAAAUAUUACAGUAAUCAUGCUGGGACGGCUGAAAUCCAUCGUCCUCGUAUUAACAUUUGUUUAAUCCAGCCGAAGUGAACAUCAGACAGGAAAGACAUCUACAGUCUCUUCAUUAAGAAUCAAUAUUAUGUCUACAAACUGAUAGCUGAGCAGCACCGAUCAUCUCAUCAUGACUGAUUAAAUAUAAAGAGAUGAUGAUGCUGGUGAAGCCAUCAGUGAUGUUAGACGAACGUCACGGUCAGAAUCCUGACAUCUGUGACCUCUGCACUGUUCGGGAAGGGGAUGCGUCUAACAGCAGUGGUGCAGAAUUGUUCUGUAUUAAACUGAUGCUCGAGUAUUUAGCGGCUGAAUUCUGAUGCUGAUGCUUUGCUGAUAUCUACACGCACAGUUGAAAUAUCAUGUUAGCUGCUGGCGAGUUUAUUGAUCCAACAAUUCGUUAUUGAUCAGUUAGCAUUAAUGUACCUAAUAUUUCACAUUUUGUAAUGUUUUAAGAUGGUCAAAACUGAUUUAAAUACAUGUCAAAUAUGUUCUGUGCUGAUCCUCUAAUCUUCUACUGAAUGGGCAUUAGGGUGGCCCAGCAGUUUUAAUACGCCAGUUUACCAUCCUCACUCAAUCAAAAUAAAAUCUUCUAUUAAGACUCGUUUUAUUCUAAUAAUGUAUUAAAUAUCAGCAUCGGAAUAUUUCUGUUAACUAAAGCAGUUAAAAAAAACAGCUAGUGGGCACCAACUACUAACUGACUGGCAGAAUUAUGGGUGGAUUAUGGGAUUUUGUUUUAUUUAAAUAAGGAAUAAAUAUGUAAUGCCACUUUUAAGCCGGGCGAAACCCAAACAUCAAUGGAUGGAACAGUUGAGGGAAAUCCAGCUGCUGUAAUAUAAUGUUGUACUCUUGCUGUACUAAAGCUCAAAAUGAAACGUUCAGAAUCACAUCAAGAGGUAAAUAAUUCAUAUUCCAGAUUCUUUGUUAAAAUACAAUUUAAUAUUAUUUACAGUUUAUUUUAAUGUAUUGCAAGGGAACUGACUUGGACGAUUCUAAUUCUCACAAUUUAUUAUGCUGAUUGUCUCUGAGCAUGGUGGAGUUGAUAAAUGUGGCCACAAGGGGACGCUGCAGACUUUUUACAGUAUUGAUUCUGCUCAGUUUGUCCUCAUCUAGUCACUGCACCUGAGAUCAGUCUGUAUGUGUAAAUAGAUCCGUGGGCUCCCUACCAGCCGAAGUCUGCUUGUUUCAGAAUAAAGACAUACUAAUAAAUGAUUAAUAUUUAAGGCUUGCUAAUCUCCUGAUAGUUUAUGAUGAUGUCAGCAUGGAAACACAGCUAACUAGUCCAGCCUAGACUAGUCUGUUCGCGUAUUUAACUGUCCAUCUCAUUAUGGCUGAGCUUUGAUCAUUUCUGACUGUUCAUCCUCCUGUGUCUGUGUGCCACGUUUUAACUCUUUAAACUGAAUGUUUUGCUCAUUUUGUGUGAUAAUUCGUGUCAUCUGAAUAUUUUUUACCAGUAAUGUUGUUUUUGUUUGUGUGUUUAAGUUAAUAUUUCUUAAUGGGCUCAACAUCACACUCGUGUUCAUGUUGUUUUUCUAAUAUGAAUAAAACCUAAUGACUGACGGCUCUGA